UCUUGUCGUCUUCGAGUCGGACACUUUUAUAUAAGGUUUUAGAUGGGGAGAUCUUUAAGUGUUAUUGGAGAUGGAACUUUCAGGAGAAAAAGAAAGGUGUUUUGGGGAUAUGGGUCUUAGAGUUUUGGUGAUUUAUGAGUUGAAUGAUCUUUUGGCUGAAUAGAGUUUGUGGAUCGGUAGGUAAUUGUGAAUUAGAGUUUUGGGUAGGUAUGUUAAUUAAAUCACGGGUAAUUGACUGUCACAUCAUGUUUAUGCCCUUGGAAAGGCCACACAAUAGCCUCGUUCACCUUCUUGAUGACAUGUUGAGCUUUUCUCCUAAGCUGCAGCAACUUUCUCCAACUCCAGCUACUGCCUUUUUGGAAAGAGUCUGCCACUGACCCCAACCUUUUAAGAACCAGCUGAAUGUAGAAUGGCCUGUAGGAUCUCCCACGCAUAUUCGCACGUUAUGGUUUGCUGAUGACGAGAAGUUUGUGGAAUGGGUUUUGAUUAUGUUGUGGGAAGAAUGGGGAAUUUAGGGAUAUGCAAUGUUAGCUUGUGGUGUACUGGUGUUUGUUUGUGAACGUUGAAAAGUAUUUUGUAGAAAUGAGUUCCGUUUUAUGCAGGGUUGAGUAGGCUAUGUUUGUACUAUUAAAACUAUUGGAUUUGGCCGUAGUUAAUAUUCUGGUUUACUCUUAUUGUGUUUCUAGGAACAUUGUAUCAACUGUAAACUUAGAUUGCAAGUUGGAUCUUAAGCAGAUUGCACUGCAAGCUCGAAACGCAGAGUACAAUCCGAAGCGUUUUGCUGCAGUCAUUAUGAGAAUCAGGGAGCCAAAAACUACAGCGUUGAUUUUUGCCUCUGGAAAGAUGGUCUGCACUGGCGCAAAAAGCGAACAGCAGUCUAAACUGGCUGCGAGGAAGUAUGCCAGAAUUAUCCAAAAGCUUGGUUUUCCUGCUAAGUUUAAGGACUUCAAGAUUCAGAACAUUGUUGGUUCUUGUGAUGUUAAAUUUCCUAUCAGACUUGAAGGUCUUGCAUACUCCCAUGGUGCCUUUUCAAGUUAUGAACCAGAACUCUUUCCGGGCCUGAUCUAUCGUAUGAAACAACCAAAGAUUGUGCUUCUUAUUUUUGUGUCGGGGAAAAUUGUGAUCACCGGAGCUAAGGUGAGAGAUGAGACAUACACAGCCUUCGAGAACAUAUAUCCUGUCCUUACAGAGUUCAGGAAAAACCAACAAUAAAGAAUGUUGCAGACCUCGUCUCUGUCUGAUCUUCAAGUUUGGUGGCAAAUAAUAAACCUUUGAAUGGGACAUGGCUUUUCAGAAUACAGCCUUCGCCGACUUGGUUGUGGAUACUAGGUUUUCCUAUGCCAUGGCUUUCAGGAGUUCGAUUUCAAUUAUGAAUAUAUAAUGAACAGGAUUAUGGGAAUCUGGUCCGUUGGACCGGCACCCAGAUCUUUCGGAUGUGGUUGUCGUAUCGGGUUUUCUUUUUUCCUUAAAGUCAGUAUGGUGCUUAAAUGCUAGGUAAUAUCCAGCAUGUAAUUUAGGAAGAAAAAGAACUGAAAAAAGGAAAAAGAAUAGAACUUGAGAGUUAUAUGUUGUUGACA